GCAGCGAAAGAGAAAAACUAUUAACCAUAAUCUAAUUCACUUUAAAGGAUUGAUGGUUGCUCACUUAAAAAAAGUGUAAAUUAUUUUCUUUUGUUUUAAAAAUAACGACAACUAUGUCUGAAAAUAAACCUAUGUCCUUAAAACUUUAUAAAGCAAUUGUUAAAGAUUUUAAUAAAAUGACAUCAUUUAGCAGAAAAGCUGAAAAUGAAUUGAAAAAAAAAUAUAAAGAAGUACCAUCUCCAACAAUAAGUAGUAUAAUAUCUUUACUUGUGCAACGAUCAAUGAAACAAAGUUAUCGGAAGUCUCCUGUUAUAUCAAGCAAAUAUUUUGAAUUAUAUGAAGAAUUGAUGAAAGAUCAAAAUAAAGAAGAUGUUAUAUUGAAGCUGGCCGACAGUCAAGGUCUUAGUCCAGCUUUGUUUGUGCGAUCACUGCUCCAAAAUGUUUGCUCAGAUUCUGCUGAAGUAAAAAAAUAUUUAAAGGACACAACAUUGAUCGAAAACAGUGAUUUAGCUUAUCAAGUCUUUUUGGGUAUUAUGAAUGACAAUCAAUAUGGUCCAUAUGUAGAUAUUAUCAAACAGUCUAUAGGAUUAGAAUAUGAAUUGCAAUUGGAAAAUGAGUUAAGAAUGAUGAAUAUAUCAUUUUCUGAUGAAAAUCUACUUAGAUUACGUGGAUAUGAUAAAACCCCUGAUUUUAAGUUGGAUGUUCCAAUUGCAGUGGAUGGAUUUAUCGUGAACUGGAUAGAAAGCAAAGCACUGUUCGGAAAUGAGGAAAAUCAUUUAGGUUACAUGAAAGAUCAACUUUUGUGUUACUGGAAUAGAUUUGGCCCGGGGCUAGUUAUAUAUUGGUUUGGUUAUUUGGAAACAUUGGACUCUACACCUGAAGUCAACAAUAUGUUUAUAUUAAGGACAACAUUUCCAGAAAAAACAAGUAUAACACAAUACAAAAUUGAUUUGUAAAAUAAAGUUAAAUUAUUAUUUGAUUUUUUAUUGUAAAAUAUUCACUGUGUUAAUAUUAGAAUAGAAA